AGGCUUCGUAAUUUCGUAAUUCCUAUGAAUACGAUAUCGUUCGCCCAGUUACUCCUGCGCAGGCAACAGGAAAUAUAAUGUGUGUUUAAAUUUAAUUUAAUUAUUGUCAAUAAUUUAUUUUUUAACUAAUCAUGACAACUAUUGAGAGAUGUUGUUAUUGUGCUCCGUUGAAACAAGCCGCCAUUCUGAUAGCACUAGGAAGUACGAUUGUUUCGACGGUCGGUUCCGUAGUUAUGACACUGUUUUCUGUGAAAAUAUACGAAGAUGACGAAAAAAGUUCCUUUACAGAAGGGAACAUCUUUAACGGCUUUCUUAACGUGGAAAUCAAGAGGAAUGCAAUGGAAGCUACUCUGGCUGUCUGCCUCGUCUUCUUUGUACUGUGGAUGCUCUUCUCUUGGCUGCUACUCGUUGGACUCUUCAAAAACAAACCGUGUUUAGUGCUCAGCUAUCUUUCUUACGGGAUAAUAUUGACUAUAAUGCUACAACUGGGCGCAUUACUGUUACUCCUAAACCUGUAUUGGGUCCACGCUUUUAGUCUUACCACAGCUUCAAUUUUCUACGCAUACGUGCUCAGAGUAGUGCACGCAAUUUACGAGGAAAUGAACGCUGGAAAGAUAAUAUUUAAUGAAAAUUUCGACGAUUCAUUGACCGAUAUGACUGUGCUCAUCGAUGAAGACGACGCAUAGACAUGAUUAUUUAUUAAAAACCACCGAAUUUCACUUUUCGGUUCGUAUCAUGCUUUCAUGUUAAUAAUUCUGACAAUUCGAAUGUUUAAGAUUAAAUAGAGGUCCCGCAGUAGUCGAAAUUCGAUUAUAAUUAAUUGGAAUUCUAAGUUUGUACAGUAUUAUGAUUGUAUUUCAUAAUCACAAAAUUUCGCCAAGACUACACUAUAUUAACAAAGACAAACAAUAUUUAAUCUCAAUUUGAUAACAUACGUCAAGAACAAAAGUUUCACAAUAAAUAGUAUGCAUGCGUGUGUACGUCAAAUACAUGGUAUGUAGUGUGUGUAAUGUUUUCUUUAUUGAUUUAAUGUAUUUUUUAUGCAUUAUUUAAAAAAAAUAUUAACAUUGUGCACUUCUUCUCUAUAUUCUCUAGAAGUGUGUAAAAUUUCAUACUCCUCCGUCCGCGCAAUUUUCGUAAAAAGGGAUACAAAGUUUUUGCUUCACGUAUUAAUAUAUAGAUAAUUCUGACAAUUCGAAUGCUUUAAUAGUUUUCGUGCUCAUUCAAUUUAUUCACAAUAAUAUUAUUAUCUCGGUCAAAGUUUUUGAACUCAUUUAAUUGUUACUUAUAAGCACGCGCGUAUGCAGCACACCGCUGACUCUCCGACGCAUCGUGCUGUCUCGCUAAUGGCUUGCUAGCCUAUGCCCCGGAAGUGGAUAUAUUCCAUGAUGGUUUGCAGCGAUUUAUUGUUGUUGUUAGGAAUUACUUAAGCUAAUUAUUAAUACCUUACAAAUGUUUUGGUUUAAUACUGUUAAUUUGUAAGUAGAUUAAAUAAAUAAAUAAGAGAUAAAUAAUUAAAUGACCAAUACCAAACUGUACGGUAUAAAUUGCUUUUCUUUACAAAAGUAAAAACCAAUUGCUGUUGUCGUUACGUUACUUGUUGUAGACUAGUGUUGUAGGAUUAAACUAAAUUUAUUAAAUGUGUAUGGAAAUAAA